AAGAGAAAGAACGAGGGAUUAAACAGGAGAAAGGAUACCUUAAUUAAGGAAGCCUAUGAAUUAGGAGAAUUCGAUGGUAUCGACGUCGCUCUAAUCAUUUGCAAGCAUGGUCGAUAUACUACGUAUGGAUCUAGGGACCAUGCAUCGUGGCCGCCAUCUAUAGCAGAGAUA